AUGGCCGCGACCUACGGCGUCCGGGAAUUGUAUGGAGGGGCAAUGACAGUCGAAUUGCCCGUGGAAUUCAUUGACUCUAGGCAUCUGGCUAAUACCCUGAACAGCAAUAUCCGCCAAAUCCCCGACCAUCAAGAAGUCUUCCUCUCACCUACAACACUUACCUCCGUCAUCUUCGAGAUAAACGCCUACGUCGAAUCCUCGACGCCUAACCCUCACCCUACGACGAAUACGACGACGGCAACCGUAGCGAACGGAACAACCACAUCCACAUCCACAACGACCACCGCCGCAAAUGGCGUUUCUUCUCCUUCUGGUCCCGAAGCGGACGCCGACGCUGCGAAAUAUCACUUUACCGACGUGAUUUCACCGCCGGACACACUUGCUUCACCCUUGCCCACUCCGCAAAGAAUCACCAUGGCAAAACCCAGCCUUGCGGGUUACCCAGCAUACAUACUCUCAGGCAACAUAAUCAGCUACGAGACCUCCCGGUGGCACCAGCCAUCCCAACCACAACUCCCGCAGCCUCAUGCUCAGUCUGCCUCUUUUUCUUCAUCGUCAGAAGUAACUCAGGCAUCAUCGUUCUCCACCUCGGUGCUACAGUCUCUCGUACACCAAACCCAACUCCUGAUCCGAAUGGGAGACUACAAGACCGACUUUUGUGUCCGCAUUAACGUUCCCAUGAAAGAAUUCGGGGAGAAUGAUGCCCGGGUCGCCGCCGAAGAGACGUUUGCCGGAGACAUGCUCUCGCGCGUCGUUGCCUCGUUGUCGGUUGUGGACUUUGGGCUUUUCGGUUUUGAGUAA